AUGUCUGACAUCAAGAAGCUCUACGUUGAUGCGAUAUUGUUUGAUAUGGAUGGGACACUGAUCGAUUCGACGCCCGGUGUGCUAAAGGCAUGGGAGCGAUUCUGCGAGGACUACAACCUCGGCAACUAUGUCGAGGUGUCCCAUGCCACCCACGGCAGGCGAUUGUACGACACUCUGAAGGAGCUGUGUCACAUCAGCGACGAAGAGACUCUCCAGAACGAGAUUGAUCGGUUUGAAGACCUAGUCAUUCAAGGCGGACCAAUACAGCUUCCCGGCGUCCAUAACCUCCUUACGCAGCUGCUCAGUGAACCACGGUCCGCUUCGAAAUGGACAAUAGUCACCUCUGCAACGAACAAGUAUGCUCCGCGUGCCCUUGAACGAUGCGGCGUUCCCCUACCCCUCUGCGACUAUAUCACGUCGAAUGAUGUAUCCAAAGGGAAGCCGAACCCCGAUCCCUAUCUUGCCGGGGCACAGAAGUGUGGUAUUGACGCGACGAGAUGCCUUGUUGUAGAGGAUGCUCCUUCUGGGUUAGCAGCGGGUCGGGCCUGCGGUUCAAAGGUUCUCGCGGUUGGCACAGGUAUCGGCUGUGAGGCGAUUGUUGACUCCAAGGUUGGCUUUGAUUAUUGUGUUAGGGACUUAACAAGAGUAUCAGUUAAAGCAGUGGAAGGGCAAUUGGAAGUUACCAUAGACGAAGCCAUGAUAUGA